CUGAGCCCAAGGAUACAAGCUGAGCCAUCAAACUCUUCUGUGCCUGCAGAAGGGAGGACUUUGAGAGAUAUCUUUACGUCAGACUUACAGGAGCUCCUGAGGACCAAGAAUUUGAAGAGGCACAACUUUUCAAUAUCACGGCUGGAGCCAGAUCCCUAAGGCUUUACAUCCCAAAUUCUCCGACUGUUGACCCCUUGUUGUAGACUCUUCUGCCAUCUGGGCUCCUGUUCAUCCCUGUCUGUCUGGGUGUACUGAGCGAUGAAGGUCCCUCUGUGGAGCCUGCUGGUUUUGCUGGCAUGUCUCUUCACUCCUGGACGCUGUGACUGCCAGGGAGACUGUGUGGCCUGCGGUCUGCUACUGCAGGAGCAAGAACUGCAACAAGCCUUCAAUACAAUAGUAUGUCUGUUAGAGUGUGAGGGUCAUGUCUCUUCGUCACUCACGUGGGAAGUGUGUAAACGUGCCACAAAGCUAUCGCGCAUCCCUACUCUUCCUGAGGGGGGCACUUUGUUCAAGAGAAGAUCAGAGGAGCUGGACCUGACCCCUAUUGACCUGAACUCUGACAGUGAGCUGCUGCAGUCUGUUACCACAAAGCAUUUCCAAGAGGACGAUCAGGAUGAGACACCUUUCGAGCAGCGCAGUGUCCAGUAUGACUCAUCACUGCUGGAAUCCUCUGAGGAGGGAGAGAGCCUGGAGGGUCUGGAUGCGAGAGAUGAAGAGAGGAAGGAGAGGGAGGAGAGGAAUGCAGAUGGUGUGGGCCCUCUGGACGGGGAUGAGGAUGACAGCGCAGAGGUCGUCACUUUAUCCAAACGCUUUGGCGGCUUUCAGAGGGGGCGCCAUGGAUACAGGAAGCUGAUCGGCUCACCCAUGAGGCCCCUACAAAAGCGCUACGGUGGGUUCAUAGGUGUCCGGAAAUCUGCUCGCAAAUGGAACAGUCAGAAACGGGUGAACCAGCUGCUCAGGCAGUAUCUGGGCAUGAGAAGCAGCCGCAGCGGCAGGUUCAACAACGUCCCCAUUUCUCGAGUUUGGAGGCAAAACAAACUGUAAUAUAUUUCUGCUGUUGCCGCUGAGCCCUGCCCCGGUUACCUCGACCUAUCAAUCAUUUUUUCCAGCAGCUCCUUCACUUGAAACUGUGACGUCAGCAUUGUGAUCAGAACAACAGAUUCCAUCUCCCUGCACCUCUCUUUGUGUCUCUUAAAACAAAGAAUGUUUUGACCUUGAUGUCCCUCUUAUUAAGCAUAUUUACAUGCCAUUCUGUGAAAUAAAAGAAUUAGAGAAGUAUAAUUGAAUAUAUUUUUGUGUGUCAGUAUAAUAAAAGUGGCCAAAUGA